GCACUACAAUAUGGUGAUGCCUGUAGGGCGAGCCUAUGACCGGUGUACCGGGUGCUCAAGGAAGGUGGUUGAGAUGUACAAGGAGCGAGGCUUUCAGUUCCUAUUGGAUGCUUUUAACAGCCCCACAUACCUGGAAGACGUCACCGGGUUAACGGAAAUGAAGGCUCAAAUGGAGGAGGUGGACUUCGAUAUGGACUUGAGCUCAGAGGAUGAUUCGUUCUCCCCUGCUAGCGACAGUGAGUGA